UAUUGGGGGUUUCUACUCUGAAUUUGGACGAGCCGUCAACGAUUCAAAUUUGCACCAUAGUUGUCCUAAGUAGCUUGACUACGAAUGAAACAUUUUUUCCACCAGCGACAGCUGAGACGAAAACAUGCGAUCGCAGCGCCCUUGAUCGAUCUAUAUAUGAAGUUAUCUAUGCAUCAACUCAACAUCCCUCAUCGUUGGAGUUGACUGAGCAUGGAGAAAUACCAUGUGCCUUAAGAAACUCACCAGCAUCACCUCUGAAUAGGGUGUGAGCGGUGUGAGUGAUUGAGUAAAGGAGUGGGUGGGCUUCCCUUGGGCUUACUUCCUAACUACCUACGUACCGACCGACCUGCCUACCUAUCCUGCUACCUGCCCUAUGAGUCAUUGAGUCACUGAUUCCCACUGGCUUGGGUGUUCCUGGCUCUUAAAUCCUCAAAACAUUUCAUCCUGACGGUCAUUUUUUGCCCGCUCCCAAUCCAUCAACCUUAUUCCUGCCUUUUUCCCUGACCUUUCUUCCUUUUUGGCUUUGUUCCUUCAUUUUAUUGAUUCAAUCCAAAGUGGUUUGGUUCCACCAAAGAUUCGGACUUAGAGCCCGUCCUUGCCUCUGGUCAGGUGAUCCAGUGAUCCAGUGAUCCAGUGAUCCAGUGUUCCGGUGGUGUCUAGAGAGCGGGCCAGCAAGAUGGGCCUCCUAUCCAUUCUCACCAAACUCAAACAGAAAGAGAAAGAAGUCCGGAUCUUGGUGCUUGGCUUGGAUAACGCAGGCAAGACCACCAUUCUCAAGAAAUUCAACGGCGAAGACAUCCACACCAUCUCCCCCACGCUUGGCUUCAACAUCAAGACCUUGGAGCAUCGCGGAUUUAAUCUGAAUAUUUGGGACGUCGGGGGUCAAAAAUCAUUGCGCUCCUAUUGGCGAAAUUACUUCGAGACCACGGAUGGGCUGAUUUGGGUGGUGGAUUCGGCGGACAAGCGACGGCUGCAAGAUUGUAAAGCUGAACUCCAUCAACUUCUCCAAGAAGAGCGUCUGUUGGGAGCCACACUCUUGGUGUUUGCCAACAAACAGGAUCUGCCGGGAGCGCUCACGGCCCUUGAAAUCAAAGAUAUCCUGGACCUCGAUGCCAUCAAGACGCAUCACUGGCGAAUCGUGUGGUGUAGUGCUGUCACGGGUGAGAAUCUAUUGUCGGGCAUCGAUUGGCUUCUGUCCGAUAUCAGUGCCAGGAUUUUCACCCUCGACUAAAGCGAGAU